AAUGGGAAAUUAAUGUAACCAUGUUGAAAUCAAUGACAAUGAGUUGAAAUCUGUACAAAUUGAAGAUGAUUCUGACUCAUUCUUGGUCUACAAGUUUGAUCCAAAACUCCAUUUUCCUAUUAUAUCUGAUCUUAGAAAGCUUCAAUCUCUUGAUUCAUUAAACAGUACAAAAUCACAAUUUCAUGACACAGUCAAAAAAGUUCCUUUUAAUGUUAAAUUACAUCGCAAAAGAACAUUGAAUUAUGAAAGUAUUCAUGAUUCACAAGCCCAAUCACCAUCAAAUUUAGUGUCUGAAUUUUUUGAAUACCCAAACGGUGUUUAUUAAGGUACAUUAAUUGAUGGGAAAAGAGAAGGAUAUGGUUAGUUUUUUUAUCAUGAUGGAUCAUACUUUAAAGGGAGUUGGAAAAAUGAUAUGGCAAAUGGUUUAGGAAAAAUAAAGUUUUAAGAAGGGGAAUUAUAUGAGGGAGAGUUCAAAAAUGAUUAACAACAUGGUUUUGGAAAGUACAUAUCAAAUUAAUUGAAAUAUGAAGGAUAAUGGAAGGAAAAUCUACCUUCUGGACAGGGAAUUGAGAUUUAUAACAAAUAUUAUAUUUAUGAAGGAGAGUUUUAAAAUGGAUUGAAGCAUGGUAAAGGGAAAAUAUUAUGGUAUAAAGAUGAUUCAAGAUAUGAGGGAGAGUUUGAUGAAAAUUAAAUAAGUGGAUAAGGUAUUUAUUAUUUUGGAGAUGGUGAGAUUUAUGAAGGGGAAUUUAAGGAUGGAAAGAUGCAUGGAUAUGGAAAGUUAGUAUGGCCAAAUGGAAAAAUGUAUGAGGGAAAUUAUUAUAUGGGUAGAAAGCAAGGAUUUGGAAAGUUUACUUCAUCUGAUAAAGAAUAUACUGGAGAAUGGUAUGAUGGAGUGUAUCAUGGAUAUGGUAAAUUAGAAACGAAAGAUAAAGUGAUAGAGGGAUAUUGGGAAAAUGGAGUUUUUUCAAAAUGA